GGCAGAGGAGUCACUGUGAAUACACAAAGGGACAUGAACCAGGGAUACACAGAGAAAGAGCAAAGCAAAGGCGAGGAAAUCACGGGGAAGGGGAUGCCAAACGUGAAGCUUACGGGAAGGUCAGCGACGUUCUGGCAAAGGUUCCUCGGGUCUGCUGGUCUUUAUGCCGCUCCCUUUCAUCAAGUUCAGGUGUGUCGAUUAUUGAUUGACUACAGGUUCGUUGCUGUGCGGGCUUGCUGUGCUCAGCACGAGUGGGGACGUGUCUGAGUGCAUUUUCAACGGAGGCGUGUCUUGGCGCUCUGUCAGCAGAGGCAGCCGCAGCUCCAGCAGCCGAGGAAACGCAGGCCAGCAAGUUAAGCCCGGAUCAGAUCACAGAGUACAAAGGAGUUUUUGAGAUGUUUGACGAGGUGGGAAAUGGAGACGUGAAGACAAAGGAGCUGGAGAGGCUGAUGAGCUUGAUGGGAAUCAACCCGACAAAGAGGGAGCUCUGUCAGAUGGCCAAGGAUGUCGACAAAGAUGGUAAAGGUAUCUUUAACUGUGACAGCUUCCUGGGCCUGAUGGCGCUGUACCACCAGAGAACCAAGAACCAGGACACUGAACUAAGAGCUGCUUUUAAAGUGUUUGACAAAGAGGCCAAGGGAUUCAUUGACUGGAACACACUCAAAUAUGUGCUGAUGAACGCAGGAGAACCACUUAACGAGACGGAGGCUGAGCAGAUGAUGAAGGAGGCGGAUAAAGAUGGAGAUGGAACCAUUGAUUAUGAAGAAUUUGUGGCCAUGAUGACUGGUGACUUGUUUAAAAUGAGCUGAAGACGGCACGAAGAGGAGCCAUAUGAUUACGGCACGCAUGAGACCGAACAAAAUCCUUCUUAAUAAAUAUGCGGGAAAAAAAUCGAU